AUGGCUCAAGUGUUUAAUAAUACAGAUUCUAGUACCCUGUUUCUGGGUGGUGAAAAAGUGAGCGGGGAUGAUAUCCGUAACCAGAACGUGCUAGCGGCUUUAGCCGUUGCCAAUGUGGUCAAGUCAUCGUUGGGCCCGGUCGGGUUGGACAAGAUGCUGGUCGAUGACAUUGGUGAUUUCACUGUUACCAACGACGGUGCCACCAUUCUGUCCCUUCUGGACGUGCAGCACCCUGCUGGGAAAAUCCUGGUGGAAUUGGCUCAACAACAGGACCGUGAGAUCGGUGACGGUACGACCAGUGUUGUCAUUAUUGCAUCUGAGCUUUUGAAGAGGGCCAACGAGCUGGUCAAGAAUAAGAUUCAUCCAACGACCAUAAUCACUGGGUACAGGGUUGCUCUGAAGGAGGCGAUCCGUUACAUAAACGAGGUGCUCUCUGUGAGUGUCACCAGCCUGGGCAAAGAAACUUUGUUGAACAUUGCCAAGACAAGCAUGUCCUCCAAGAUUAUCGGGUCCGACUCUGACUUCUUCAGCAACAUGGUUGUAGAAUCUUUGUUGGCUGUGAAGACUGCCAACUCCAAGGGUGAAACGAAGUACCCUGUCAAGGCGGUUAAUAUCCUGAAGGCGCACGGUAAAUCUGCGACGGAAUCGGUUCUCGUGAAUGGUUACGCGCUCAACUGUACCAUUGCAUCUCAAGCGAUGCCCAAGGAGGUCAAAUCUGGGAACGUCAAGAUUGCGUGUCUGGAUCUAAACUUGCAAAAGGCGCGUAUGGCAAUGGGUGUGCAGAUAAAUAUAGAUGACCCAGAACAGUUGGAGCAGAUCCGGGAACGUGAGUCCCAAAUGGUGUUGGAGAGGGUGCGUAAAAUCAUUGAUGCUGGCGCCCAGGUAGUGCUGACCACGAAAGGUAUUGACGAUCUGUGUUUGAAGGAGUUUGUCGAGGCCAAAGUGAUGGGUGUCAGACGUUGUAAAAAAGAGGAUUUGAGGCGGAUUGCGCGUGCCACUGGUGCCACUUUGAUUGGAUCCAUGUCUAAUUUGGAAGGUGACGAAACGUUUGAAUCCAGUUACCUGGGUACCUGUGAAGAAGUUGUUCAAACCAAAUUCUCGGAUGACGAGUGUAUCCUUAUCAAGGGUACCUCUAAGCAUUCUUCCUCUUCUAUAAUCCUACGUGGGGCCAACGAUUACUCGUUGGAUGAAAUGGAGCGUUCCGUGCACGACUCUCUGUGCGUUGUGAAGAGAACGUUAGAGAGCGGGAACGUUGUCCCCGGUGGUGGUUGCGUGGAGGCAGCAUUGAACAUAUACCUUGACAAUUUCGCCACCACUGUUGGAUCUCGUGAACAGCUUGCCAUUGCCGAGUUUGCGGGUGCGUUACUGGUGAUUCCAAAGACCCUUGCUGUCAACGCGGCAAAGGACUCCAGCGAGUUGAUUGCGAAACUGAGAUCAUACCAUGCCUCGAGCCAGUCUGCCAAGAUAGACGACACGAAGAGGAGAGCGUACAAAAACUACGGCCUGGAUCUGAUCAAGGGGAAGAUUGUAGACGAGGUGCACGCGGGUGUCCUCGAGCCCACCAUCAGUAAGAUCAAGUCUUUGAAAUCGGCAUUGGAGGCGUGCAUCGCCAUUCUAAGAAUCGAUACGAUGAUUACAGUGGAUCCAGAACAACCAAAGGAGGAUCCACAUGACCAUUGA